AUGGACCAACAGGGACAAUCCGGUGUCCCCGGCCCCGCGGGGCGCAAGCUUCACAUUGCCCACAGAAGAAGCCCCUCAGAGCUGACCCCUCUCAUGAUGGAACAAUUGGCAAUUCAGCAACAGAUUGAGCUGCUCCAACAGCAGCAACAACAGAUCGCAGCUACACAUCAGCAAUACGUCAACAUGGGUCUUUUACAACCACAACAGCUGGGCCAGGUUUCGGCAUUCUCUCCCUCUCUCCAAGGCGGGGCUUCCAUGGGAGGAGUUUCCCCGCAGAUCAAUGCCUUCCAAUUUCCGCAACUAGCCCAGCAACAACUCGGUGUCGGAUUGAACCCCCCUACCCAGCAUUCGCACCGACGCAACCAGUCGGCCCUUCCUGGCUUAGGAAUGGGACCUCCCCCGGCGCCAUCCUCGGGAGCUUCGGGGUACUCGGAAUAUAACCAACAACAGAGCCACCAGCCAAAGAAUGAGAAUGGAGGUCACGGACGUAGCCAGAGAGGCCCUCCUGGUGGUGGUGGUGGUGGUCAUCAGAGACGUCAUUCGCUUGCACUCCCUGAAGCUAAAAAGGCCGCCGAGCUUGCCCAGCAGAAGAGGACAGCAUCCGGUUUCCAGUUCCCUGGCCCCUCUGGCGAUCCCUCCGAUGGUGCGCAGGGCUCGGACGGCAAGUCCACCCCUCCCGCCACCCAGGCUCCCCAGGGCUUGGGUAUGCAUCGGGCUGGUAACAUUCGUGCUGGUGGUCAUGGUCGCAGUCAGUCGAUGGCCGUCGGUGGCAAUCGAGGCUCUCUGUCGGGUCGCGGCGCUGGUGGCUUUCAGUUCCCUGCUUCCAAUGACAGCAGCUCUGAUAAUCAACGUCGUGGCAGUCAGCCCGGUCACGCUCGGUCUGGAUCGAGGAAUUUCGAUAGUAACUGGCGCCAGCCUAACAAUCAAGCUCAGGGCCAGGAUCAACAGAAGACCUUCGGACAACAGGGCAGUGGCUUCCAGCCCGGGCACCGUGCUCGUGCGUCUAUGAAUCAGUCGAUCGGCUCCAUCGGACAGUUCCAAUACCCUGCGCAGCCCCAGCUCAUCCAACUGCCCCAGGGUCAGGUGAUGAUGGCUCCGCAGAUGUUCGCCAACCAACAACAAUUGAACCCGCUGCAAUUGGCGCAGCUCCAGGCUAUGCAGCAGAAUGGACAGCUCAGCGGCCAGGGGCUCGGUCUUCAAGCCAGUCAGCAUGCUCCGCCGCAGCUUUCUGCUCAGCAGCAGCAGCAGCAGCAGCAACAGCAACAGCGGAAGACUCUGUUCACUCCCUACUUGCCUCAGGCAAACCUACCUGCCCUGCUGAGCAAUGGCCAGCUGGUGGCUGGUAUCCUUCGUGUGAACAAGAAGAAUCGUUCUGACGCAUACGUCACCACUCCAGACUUGGAUGCCGAUAUCUUCAUCUGUGGAAGCAAGGACCGCAACCGUGCCCUCGAGGGUGAUUAUGUCGCAGUCGAGCUUUUGGAUGUCGAUGAGGUGUGGGCUCAGAAAAAAGAAAAGGAGGAAAAGAAGAAGCGCAAGGACAUCACAGACGCCCGUUCCGGCAGCAAUGCUGGAAACGACAAGCUGUCUCGUUCUGAUUCCGGCGCCAACGGUGAUCGCCAGGAAGUUGGUCCCGACGGCAGUAUCCGUCGCCGUGGCAGUCUCCGUCAGCGACCCACCCAAAAGAAGAAUGAUGAUGUUGAGGUUGAGGGUCAGAGUCUUCUCUUGGUUGAGGAAGAUGAGAUCAGUGACGAACAGAAGCCCCUCUAUGCGGGACACAUCGUCGCCGUUAUUGAGCGUAUUGCGGGGCAAAUGUUCUCGGGAACAUUGGGCCUUCUUCGUCCCAGUAGCCAGGCGACGAAGGAGAAGCAGGAGGCCGAGCGGCUAGCCAGAGAUGGUGGUCACGGCCGUCAACAGCAAGACCGCCAGCAGGAUAAGCCCAAGAUUGUUUGGUUCAAGCCCACGGAUAAACGGGUUCCUCUGAUUGCUAUCCCAACUGAACAAGCUCCUCGAGACUUUGUUGAGAAACACCAGGAUUACGCAAACCGAAUCUUUGUUGCUUGCAUCAAGCGGUGGCCCAUCACUUCGCUGCACCCCUUCGGAACUCUUGUCGAACAACUUGGCGAAAUGGGCGACUUGAAGGUGGAGACGGAAGCUCUGCUGCGGGACAACAACUUCGGUGGGGAUGAAUUCUCCGACGCUGUUCUCAAGAGCAUCGGCUGGGAAGACUGGUCGGUUGCCAGCGAGGGCGAUGCUCUGCUCGCCUCCCGUCGGGACUUCCGUCAGGAGACGACCUUCACCAUGAAUCCCAGUGGUGCCAAGCAGAUGGACAAUGCGUACCACAUCAAGCCCCUUGCGGAUGGAAAGGUGGAGAUUGGUAUUCACGUCACGGAUAUUGCUCAUUUCGUCAAAGCCAACUCCCUGGUUGAUCGGGAGGCCAAGAAGCGAGGCACGGCUGUUUAUCUCAUGAACCGAAUUGUGAACAUGCUUCCUACUCGGGUGUCCACUGAGCUGUGCGCCUUGCUGCCAGGCGAAGAUCGGUUGACUGUCAGUGUUGUUCUCAAAGCCAACCCGGAAACAGGUGCUAUCGAUGAUGAUGUGUGGAUCGGUAAGGCGAUCAUCAAGAGCUCCGGCCGCCUCAGCUAUGAGGAAGCAAACUCUCUCCUUCAAGGAGAAUCAAACGUUGCCGCUCCGGGCAUCACCGCCGACACAGUUAGAGCCCUCUAUGCUGUCACUUCCAGAUUCAAGGAGGCCAGGCUCGGUAACCGGGUUUCUCAAAUCCCUCCUCUUCGUCUUCUGUACCAGCUUGACGACGAGAACGUGCCGGUUGAGGGUAACAUUUUCGAUUCCUCUCCUGUCCGCGAGAUGGUCGAAGAACUCAGCUUCAAAGCCGAUUCCUUGGUCGCUCGUCGUUUGGCCACUGCUUUGCCUGACAGGGCCUUCCUCCGUCGCCAGACCCCGCCCAAUGCUCGCCGCCUUCAACUUUUCGUGGAACGCAUGAACAGACUCGGGUUCGGUUUGGAUCCAACCAGCAGCGGAACCCUGCAGAGUAGUCUCUGCAAGGUUCAAGAUGACGAUUUGCGCAAGGGUAUGGAAACGCUUCUCAUGAAGUCAAUGCAACGUGCCAAGUACUACGUCGCUGGUAGUGUACUCGACGACCAGCGCCAGCACUAUACACUCAACCUGCCUGUAUAUACACACUUUACCAACCCGUCUCGCCGUUAUGCGGAUAUGCUCGUCCAUCGCCAGCUGGAGGCUGUUCUGUCCAACGGUACUAUUGAGCUGUCGGAGGACCUCGAGUCCUUGAACAAGACUGCCGAUCUCUGCAACAACAAGAAGGAUUCGGCACACAACGCUCAGGAGCAGAGCGUCCAUAUCGAAGCCUGCAGAAGUAUGGACAAGAUCCGUCAAGAGCAUGGUGGCGAUCUCAUCAGCGAGGGUAUUGUCCUCUGCGUCUAUGAGUCUGCCUUCGAUGUUCUUAUUCCAGAAUAUGGAUUUGAGAAGCGUGUUCACUGUGACCAGCUGCCCUUGAAGAAGGCUGAGUACCGCAAGGAAUCGCGUGUGUUGGAGCUAUACUGGGAGAAAGGAGUGCCAUCCUCGGCUUAUGUUCCUGAGGACGAGCGGCCGAAGCCUGCCAACUCUCGCGCGGCUCAAGCUGCUGCUGCUGCGCGCGAAGCGGAGGCUGCACGGGAGCGUGCUCGCGAACGUGAAGAGGCUAUCCGGCGACAGACUGAGACCGGCACCAUGUCGCAUGAUGAUGUCGACGCUUUGUUUGACGAUGAUGACGACGUUUCCGAAGUCACCGAGAUGGCUGCCGGUGUCUCCUUGAACUCCGCCGUCGACCGCUCCACCCAGAGCAUGCCACCUUCACCCACUCGCAAUGGCCACCUUCCUCAGGCACCUCACCGGACACGUUCUGAUCCCAAGAUUGCGACCAUCAGCGGCGAUGCUCCUGAGGCUAAGUUGACCAACAAGGAGAAGUAUAUGCAGUUAUUCAAGCUCCGAGAGGAGGAUGGAGAGUACAUCCAGGAUGUCACCGAGAUGUCUCGUAUACCCAUCAUCUUGAAGACUGACUUGAGCAAGAGCCCACCAUGCCUCACUAUUCGCUCCGUUAAUCCCUACGCACUGUAA